CCUCUCCAGUCUCCCCUAAAAUCUCUCUUCGAAUUCAAAACGACGCUCCUCCCUUUCCCACCCCAAAAAAGACGAAUAAAGACGAUUGAGAGGCGAGUGUGAGAGUAAAAAAAGGGCCGUUAGGCAUUUACAACAAAACCUAUACUGAACGCAAAGCUCUCGCUCCCUCAUCCCUCUUCUCUGAAAUUCUCUUCUUUCUUCCUACCCGUGCAGUUUUCUUUUGAAUUUUGAACUCCGUCUGUUUGUUCCGUACCAAGAAUGAAGUCAGAUCGCAAGCCGCCGCUCCCCAAAUCGCCGAUACUACUUCGACCACGUAGAGUUCUUCGAUCGAACUCAUCUUCUCUGCAAAACCCACCAGGCUCUUUGACAAAACCUGAAAGACCGAACCGUUUUUGGGACAAUGGGGAAUCGGUUCUUCGACCUGAAUACCGCUCGAUCUCGUGCGACUUGCGUGAUCUAGCGAGGAUGGUACGCGAUGAAUUUGGCAAAGGAGUUUCGGACGAUGCUGGGAUUUCUAAUUCUUUAAGUGCCGAUUCCAGCUCUCUGUUUGAGAGGGGUCGGUUCUACGAGGAGUACUCCGCUAGAAGGAACGAGAGGCUGAGGCGGAAGAAGAGCGACACAGGAGUUGAGAAGAAGACCCCGUACAAUCUCGGUGUCUCGGUCGAGUCUGCGAAAAGGAUGAGUAGUACGAAAAAGUUUGAAAGCUUGAGGAAAUCGGUCUCAGCGGCUUACACUGUGGAGAAGAGCGAGACUCCUACUCCGAGGUAUAUGCUAAGAAGUACGAUGAAAGAGAAUAAGAAACCCCCACGUCCUCUUCCUGCGACUUCAGGGAAAUCUACAGUACUGCUGGGUGCAAGGCCAAAAGCCGUGGUUCGAAGGGUUCGUAGAGACUGAGUUUCAAAGAACCAUGGAUGUUUAAGGAAGUUCUCCGGUUUAUUUGCCUUUUGAUUUCUGAAAGAAACUGAAUUCAUUUCUUUUUGUUUCUUGUUGUAUAUGGAAUUUGAACCUGUUUUCUUUGUUCAUGGAUUUCCAGUAAACGUUCUGUGUCAGUGAUUGCAUGUCAGCCUUGAAAUGAUUGAUGUUUCAAUCUGACAAAGAAAUGUAGUUAGUCAGACGUAAAUAUUGGAUGCAUUUCGAUCUUUA